UUGCAUUUCAACUUUCAGCUUUCAACUUUUUUUUUGUUUGUUCAUUCAACAUUUCCAGCUCUUCAAAUUUAUCCCCACUGCCCUCAAAAUAAACAAUGCGCUGCAAUUCAUAGCAUUCUCUCACAUUUUUACCAUUCUUUUUGCUCAACACAUUUAUUUUGACAUUUGCAUGCGGUUGGCUAUCGCGGCACGCCUGCGCACGCUAAAGCUGCCCCUGCUGGCAAUUCACCAUAUCGCUGCAGCACACAACACGGCUGCUCGGCUGCACACGCAUACCAACGCGGUUGGGGCCAAUCGACCGGUCGCUACGGUUCUUGCCGACAAGGCUAUCAAGGCGCUGCUCACGAGCGACGAUCUGCUGCAGCCUUCGGAUAAUCACGCCGAUACCAUUGAUUCCAAUCCGCACAAGGAAGUAGGGCGGCGGCGGACCAAGCUGGGCACAGGCAGAUGCAACGAAUCACCUCCAAUUCAGUCGAGGCUGCUGAUCAGACAGCGGCUGUCCGAAAAACUCGAGAGCGAGUACCAGAACGACCUCAAGGCCCUUGAGCAGCUAUCGUCUCACAAGGAGCCCACCCAGCGGCACAUUCUGGUGCGUGAGCUUAUAAUGAUUCUGCGCCGAUUCGGUAAUGUCGAUUUCAUGAGUAUGGACCAGGAGGACAAGCCUGGCGUCAACGACAUGGUCGAGGCCGCUUGGAAGCAGUACCGCAAGAUAUACGAGCACCCGCAGGCGCCGCAGAUCCUGGCGCAAAUUCCAUUGACCUCUUUGAGUCUUCUGAUUUGCGAGCUGAACUUUAUGCCCGAGUCGCACGAGUACUUGGUUCGAUUUACAAGGAUCGUGCGCAUCUUCAGGGACUUUGCCCUGAUCGGCCAGCCGAUCACCACGCCGCUGCUCUUCAGCAUGUAUCUGCGCGCACUGAACAAGCUAGGAAACAGACAGCUGGUUCUGAAGGAAGUGGCCGAAUACCGCAAAGCGAGUGCGGCACAGGAGCCGCCCGUGUUAUCGGUGAACAUCAUGCGGCAGGUCAUCGCGGCGCACUUUGGCAGCAGGCGGCCCGAUCUGGCGAUGGAGGUAUUUGCGGGCAUGAAGGCAGAUCCCGAGUACACCUCUCGCAUCACCCCGCACGUGUACUCGUCUGUCAUUGGCGGCGCCAUGCAAGCAAAAGUCCUGACCAACUCAGAGCUCUCCGCGCUGGUUGAGGGCAUGCUGGACGAACUCAUCAAGCCCUCGUACCACGACUCUGCGCGCACAGGUUUGCUCAACGGGCUGCUGCACCUAGCUAACAAGCAGGGCAACCCAGGGUUCCUCGUUGCCACGUUCGAGCAGUAUUUGGCCCAUGGCAUGCCCAUUAACUACACGACAUUUGGCAUUAUGCUGCACUGCGCAUGCCACUUGGAGACCGACAUCAAGCGGCUGCACCGGGUGUACCAACUGGUGGUCUCCAAUGUGGUCACGUACGACAAGCUGACGCACCACAUAUUUGCCAUUUUCAUUAACAAUUUUGUGCGCAAGUGCCGGGUAGACUAUGCGCUUAGUGUUUUGCAGGAUCUCAAGGCGCACCCGACUGCGCGCUACACGACGCAACAUUUAAGCCACAUAUUUGACUACUACGCGAAAAACGGGAUGGCUAGCAAGGCUCUCGGAUUGUACCGCCAGAUGGUCGAUGAGGACAAGUUGGUGCCCACAUGGCCCAUUUGCAUGGACAUAGUCAAGGCGCUUAAACGCGGCGGCGAUUACGACUGGCAACUGGACGUACCUGACAAAACACCACAGUUUGACAUGUGCCCAGAACUGCCCUUAUCGGAGGAUGCGCUGCUGGUGAUGAUGGUCAAGUACGGGGUCACUGGUCGCGUAUCCCAAAUGUUUGACAUGUUCUUUGCAUUCCACCAGAUCCAGCCGCGCAGCAUUCUGCAUUUUGCUGUCAUCUUGAUCGCUGCACGAGACAUUGCCAACAGGGAUAUUGCGUACGUACAGCAAGGCUCCGGGCGGCGGCGAUCGAUGCGACAGGUUGACUCCGACGAGGGCGCGAUCGGAUACGCUGAAUACGUCGAGCAGCUGCGCCAAGUGCGUGACCAGCUCAUCGAGACGUCAAAGUCCGCCAAGGUUCCGCGAAACAUGUACAACAUGGCGAUUUCCGUAUUUGCCAUGAUCAGGGACCACGAGUCGACACAGGUACUUUAUGACCACAUGACGGUAUCCGAGGGCAUGGAGCCUAACACGCGCACCUUUAACGUCCUCCUGCAGUCAUUCGCACGGGGCUCCGACAUGUCAGCCACACGGGAUAUCCUCAAAGACAUUAAGCACAACAAGAUGCACGUGAACCGGGCCACAGGCAACGCCAUGAUAUUCGCGGCAAUCUUGAACAAGAGCCCGCACCAGGCUAUCAGUGUCUACGCGUACAUGGUCGGUCGGCCCACCCCCCUACUGCAACAUCUCGAGUUCAAGGAUUUUGUCUUAAAUGUGUCUGUGGACGUCUACACGAUUGCCCUGUUGAUCAAGGGACUUGUUCAAUGCGGUAUGCUGAAGGAGGCGAUUAUUGUUUUUGAGGACGCUUUUGGCUUGCUGCCCUUUGUGCCGCGACAGUUGUUGGAGACCUUGUUGAGUACGCUUGAGGAGUGUUCGCACGUUGAUUUUGCUCAGCUGUGUCUUCGGAGGUACGCCAAGCGGGUUGAGGAUUGCCAGUCCGAUGUGGCCGGUGAUAUGCUUGGCAACGGUGAUGAGGAGCAGAUAGAAGCGCCAGAGCGCUUGCCGCUUUCGUAUUUCGGGUAUUUGCUUGAUCCCAAAGGCACUGAUAAUAGCGAAGAUUAGCUUUGCCGCUUAAAAUGUAUAUCAGAAUAAAUCUCGCUUCAAAAAUUGUAAAUAUAAAGAUUCAAUGCUCAAUAUAUA